GCCGGCGCGCCAUUGCACUGCCUGCCUUGUGUGCCUGAGCAGAGACGCGGAGGGGAGGAGGAGACAGACAGGGCAGCGAAGGACCGAGAAGCUAGCAACGGCAACGAGCAGAGGCCCGGCACUUGCGCUCCGCGUCCCCCUCCCUCCGCCACCUCUCCCGCUCUCCAUUCCGCCACCCACACCACCACCCGUUGCUCGCUGCCGGCCGCCCACGCCACGCCUGCCUCUUCUCUUCCAUCCUCCCUCCCGUGCCCCGCCCCGGCCGGACCUCUUAAUUUUAGCCGCCGCCGCCACCGCCGUCGUCGUUGGAUCGUGUCGUGUCGAUCGCCGCCGCCGGCCGGAGAGCAGCAGGCAGCCCGCCCGCCAUGGAGGGGAAGAGCGUGGUGAUGUCGGCGCUCGGGAUCGGGAUCGGGGUCGGCGUCGGCCUGGGCCUCGCGUCCGCGCCCUGGGCCGGCGCCUCCGCCUCCUCCAGGGCCGCGGGGGUCACCGUCGAACGGGUGGAGCAGGACCUCCGCCGCCUCCUCGUCGACGGCAGCAACAGCAAGGUCACCUUCGACGAGUUCCCCUACUACCUCAGUGAGCAAACACGUGUUGUGCUGACAAGCGCUGCGUACGUUCACUUGAAGCAAGCAGAGAUUUCAAAGUACACCAGGAAUCUUGCUCCAGCCAGUCGCGCAAUCCUGCUGUCAGGUCCUGCAGAGCUCUACCAGCAGAUGCUUGCCAGAGCGCUUGCCCACUAUUUUCAAGCGAAGUUGCUGUUGCUAGAUCCUACUGAUUUUCUUAUAAAGAUCCAUAGCAAAUAUGGCACUGGUGGCAGUACAGAGAAGACGUUUAAAAGAUCAAUCUCCGAGACGACGCUUGAACGUGUGUCGGGAUUGCUUGGAUCUCUUUCAAUUAUUUCACAAAAGGAACAGCCCAAAGGAACUAUACGUAGACAAAGCAGCAUGACGGAUGUCAAAUUAAGGAGCUCUGAAAGUAUGACCAACUUACCAAAGCUCAGAAGAAAUGCAUCUACUUCCUCUGAUAUGAGUAGCAUGGCUUCGCAAGGACCUUCAACUAAUACAGCUCCUCUUAGACGCACAAGCAGUUGGAAUUUUGAUGAGAAAAUUUUAGUGCAAGCGUUGUACAAGGUUCUGCAUUCAGUGUCAAAGAAGUACCCAGUUGUACUCUAUAUAAGAGAUGUUGAGAAGUUUCUUCACAAGUCCCCAAAAAUGUAUCUCCUGUUUGAAAAACUACUAGACAAGCUUGAAGGGCCAGUGUUAGUCCUCGGAUCAAGGAUUGUAGAUAUGGACAGUGAUGAGGAGUUAGAUGACAGAUUGACUGUUCUGUUCCCAUAUAAUAUAGAAAUCAAGCCACCUGAAAACGAAAACCACCUUGUAAGUUGGAACUCCCAAUUAGAAGAAGACAUGAAGAUGAUUCAGUUUCAAGAUAACCGAAAUCAUAUUAUGGAAGUCCUUGCAGAAAAUGAUCUUGAAUGUGAUGAUUUAGGCUCGAUUUGCCUAUCUGAUACUAUGUGCCUUAGUAAGUAUAUAGAAGAGAUUGUGGUGUCUGCGGUUUCAUAUCACUUGAUGAAUAACAGAGAUCCAGAGUACCGAAAUGGGAAAUUAGUUCUAUCCACAAAGAGCUUGUCCCACGCAUUGGAAAUUUUUCAAGGCAACAAGAUGGGCGAUAAGGACAGCAUGAAAUUGGAAGUGACGGAUGGUGCUUUAAAGGCUGCUGAAAAGGCAAUUGCUCCAGCCACUGCAAAAUCAGAAACAAAACCUGCAACGUUGCUGCCACCAGUUCGACCUCCGGCUGGUGCUGCUGCUGCUGCUCCCUCCAGUGCCCCUGCUCCUAGAGUUGAGAGCAAAACAGAACCGGAGAAGAAGGAUAAUCCACCUCCAGUUGCAAAAGCACUGGAAGUGCCACCAGAUAAUGAGUUUGAAAAGCGCAUUAGACCAGAAGUGAUACCUGCUAAUGAAAUUGGAGUUUCAUUUGAUGAUAUUGGUGCCUUGGAUGAUAUCAAAGAAUCCCUUCAUGAGCUUGUCAUGCUGCCUCUUAGACGACCUGACCUCUUCAAAGGCGGUCUUCUUAAGCCCUGCAGAGGUAUAUUACUUUUUGGUCCUCCAGGAACCGGCAAGACUAUGCUUGCCAAGGCCAUAGCAAAUGAAGCUCAAGCAAGUUUUAUAAAUGUCUCUAUGUCGACUAUCACAUCAAAGUGGUUUGGUGAAGACGAAAAGAAUGUUCGAGCAUUGUUCACAUUAGCUGCUAAAGUAUCACCAACCAUCAUCUUUGUCGAUGAAGUUGAUAGCAUGCUUGGGCAGCGGAACAGAGCUGGAGAGCACGAGGCAAUGAGAAAGAUCAAGAAUGAAUUUAUGACACACUGGGAUGGACUCUUGUCAAGACCAGAUCAGAGAAUUCUUGUUCUUGCUGCGACUAACCGGCCUUUUGAUCUUGAUGAGGCUAUCAUCCGUAGGUUCGAGCGAAGAAUCAUGGUAGGUCUGCCAUCCAUGGAAAGUCGGGAACUCAUAAUGCGGCGACUUUUGUCAAAGGAGAAAGUUGAUGAAGGGCUGGACUAUAAGGAGCUAGCAACCAUGACAGAAGGAUAUAGUGGAAGUGAUCUCAAGAACCUGUGCACGACGGCAGCAUAUCGCCCUGUGAGGGAGCUAAUCCAGAGGGAAAGAAAGAAGGAGCUGGAGAAGAUGAAGCGUGAAAAAGGAAAAACUCCAUCGGAUCUUCCAGAGAAGAAAGAAAAGGAGGAGACCAUCAUUCUAAGGCCGCUGAACAUGACAGAUCUGAAGGAAGCGAAGAACCAGGUGGCUGCAAGUUUCGCUGCGGAAGGCGCCAUAAUGAGCGAGCUGAGGCAAUGGAACGAGUUGUAUGGUGAAGGAGGCUCCAGAAAGAAGCAGCAAUUGACAUACUUCCUCUGAGCAACAUGAACAUCACACGCAAAAAAUGUAUGGACAUAAUUUGCAAAAGUAGAGUAGAGCACAAAAUAGCCAUGAGGAAAAUAGGCCGAACAUGUAUAAGAACAUAAGAAACGGGGAGUGUUAGGGGACAAGAGUUCAGGCCGUAAAAUCCAGUUUCUGGUGUAGGACAAGGAAGAACAAUUUUUAUCUCCACCUAAAUUCCAGUUUGCCUGUGCUGGUUGUUGUAUUACACUCUAAUAAUGAAUCUGCAGUGCAGAUUGCUCUUUUUUCGUUGUUUUC